GACUUCCCGGGCCCACAAGUUCCCACGAGCAUUAACUCUCGUUUGCAGACCCACCACUCUACCUUACACCGAAUAACAAUGCCGACUCCCGGAGUCAGAUUCCUCGCCCACCUCCUCGCCCGGUUCGUGGGCCGACCCAUCCUGCUCAUUCUCGCUGUGCACUACGCCGUCAAUCGUUUCACGGGCCUCCGGCUCCGCGCUCCCACGACGAUAUUGCUGACGCUUCUUGCGUACCCGCUGUCGAUGGUGUUUCUCGUGCAGCGCAAGAUGUGGCGGCAGCGGCGGGAGGCGCGGGCGCUCGGCGCGCGGCCGGUUCCUGUGGUCAAAGGGAAGCGUUUCGCGAACUUGGACUUGCUCACCAUGCUGCGCCAUGCCCGGGUGCACGGGUAUCCCGGUGACGGCUUCGCAGAAUGGGUCGAAGAGCUCGGCCCGGUAAUCAACGUGCGAGUGCUCUGGGUGGACAACAUCCUGACGACAAGCCCGGACCACAUCAAGCAGAUUCUGGCCACAGAUUUCAACAACUACGAGAAAGGCGCGUCUGUCGUGUGUCCCGCGGAGGCCGAGCGCAUCUCAUUGCCCAUCAAUUCAUUUGCAGGCGAGCGAUUCCAGCAGGAGAUGAACAGUGUCCUCGGGUCCGGGGUAUUCAACUCCGACGGCGAAAUGUGGAAGUUCCACCGGACGCUUACCCGCCCCUACUUCUCGCGGGAUCGCAUCAGCCACUUCGAGAUCUUCGACGCCCACGCCAACAGCGUCAUCUCCAUCCUCAAAACGCGGCUGCGCGCGGGCUAUGCGGUGGACUUCCAAGACCUCAUCGGGCGGUUCACGAUGGACUCCGCGACGGAGUUCCUCUUCGGCACGUGCGUCAACUCGCUGCAGGCCGACGUGCCGUUCGCGCACAACGUGGGUGCAUUCCCGCGGCCGUCCGAGGCUGCACAGGUCGCGAAUACUUUCCUGGACGCGUUUGCUGCCGCGAUGCACGCGAUUUCCGAGCGCGAGGUCCUUGGGAAUGUGUGGCCGCUGUUCGAGAUGUGGGAGGACAAGACGGCGGCGCCCAUGGCGGUCGUCAGCGCGUUCCUGGAUCCUAUCAUUGAGGCUGCUGUGGAGCGGAAGAGGAUGAAAAAGCAGAUGCGAGGGGCGGGGGAGGCCGUGGAUGGCGAACAGAAUGAAGAUUCGACCCUUCUCGAUGAGCUUUUGGUGUCAACUGACGAUCCCAAGGUUCUCAAAGACGAAACCUUGAACAUCCUGCUCGCUGGACGCGACACGACAAUGCACGUCACGACGAUGGUCAUCUACUUCCUCUCGAUGUAUCCUGAUGUCUGUGCUCGUUUGCGAGCAGAGGUCCUGGAAUACGUCGGCCCGACGCGGCGGCCGACCUACGAUGACGUUAAGAAUAUGAAGUAUCUCCGUGCCGUGAUCAACGGUGUGCCACUCUCUGCUGCUGCUGGAUAUCGUGUGACCAUGACCGAACAGAGUCGAUGCGGCUAUAUCCCUCUGUGCCGUUUAACAUCAGGUGACUCACCUGGACGAUUAUCAAAGUCCCGUCGUAAAAUUGAUGGCCCUUUAACAGGGAUUCGGUCAACGCGACGACCUGGCCAUCACCCGAUCCAAAUGAGAAACCGCUCUAUAUCCCGGCCCAAACCAAGUGCGCAUCGAUGCCCGUACUCCGUAUUUCUGAUGCAUCGCCGCAAAGAUCUGUGGGGCAACGACGCGGAAGAAUUUGACCCCGACCGCUUCAUCGACCCCGCGCGGCUCAAAUCCUCCCUCCUCGCAAACACCUUCGCGUUCCUCCCGUUCAACGCGGGCCCGCGCAUCUGCCUCGGGCAGCAGUUCGCGUACAACGAGAUGUCCUUCGUCCUCGUGCGCCUGCUGCAGGCCUUCGAGAGCUUCGCGCUCGCGGAGGAAGAUGCGUGGGCCCCCGAGGCGCACGUGCCUACUGAGUGGAAGACGGCCAGCCGGGGCACCGCACGACGCAGGGGCACGGACCGGUUCCGGCCGAAAGUACACCUGACGAUGUAUGCUGCUGAUGGAAUGUGGAUCCGGGCUAAGGAGGCUGCCUCGAAUGAAGAGAAGAAAUAAUUGGAUGCAGAGUGCAGAAUCAGACGAGACGCCCACGAACGAUCACGCAUACUGACGACGGUUCAGCGGGUGAUUGCCGCUUGGGCAGAAUUACCAGUUUUAAAGCACGCCUUGUGGAUGGAUUAUGACCAAGUU